AUGGCCCAUCUGAAUACCCAGAACGACCGACGUACCAGCACUCCACCUGCUCAUCCCGGUGCCUUGGAUCCCCCCUCUGCCUCGCUCGAGCCGCACGACUCCGAUUCCGAGAACGGGCAUCAUACUGCGGACAGUAUCAGGAAGAGAAAGAGUGGCAUGGCGAGUCCGUUGGAUAGGACUGCCACCGACCCUCGGAAACGAAGGAGGAUAGGAGAUGGAGAAUUACAGUCUCAGUUGACCCAGCAAAAGGAACUUGAUCCUGAGCAGCUUGCGCAAGAUCGCGAGAAGCGUACGGAAGAACGACGCCAAGUGCGCAAAGAUCUGCGCAGUCUUUUCUCCAAGCUCUCCGGCUCCAGGUCCGAGUAUCUUCGGCCUGAGUCCAAAGGCCUUGAGGAAACUCUGACACAAGCAAAUGCGAUUUACAAAAACGUCAAGGAAACUUCCGAUGCCACCAUCGAUUCGCGGAUACUUGUCGAAGCUGCAGACCUGUCCUUCAGAAAGAUCAAUAACCUGAUACUGGGUGAUGUGACGCCGCGAAUUGACGUCGACGACUUCGUCACAAAAUGCAUCGCGUUCAUGAGACAGGGUCAUGAUCCCGGGACGGCCAACGGUGAUGCGCCUCCCAGCACUCAACCCUCAAGUCAAUCUCAAAGUCAAUCUCAUCGGCGAGGAAGGCGUCGGCAGGCGAACGAGGAGGAUGAAGGCGACACCAUGAACUGGGAGUAUUUGGGGAAGAACGCUUGCAUCCUGUAUAACGCACGACCUUGCGUGACCGGCUUCCUUCUUGGCCCGCUAUCAGUUCAAAAGAAGGUUCGGCAGCAAAUCCAGCGCAGGGCCCGCGAAGCGCCCACUGACGCCACACGAGCGGUGCGCCCGACUCGGCUCGGCGAUCAAGACCAGGAGGAAGAAUCGGCCAACCUUCCCGCGCUCUGCACUGAGAUUGCGCGAAUCUUGCAAAUGGCCAUGUAUAGGGGGAUAAGGAACGCCAGAACGGAAUCAGAGGAAGCGCCUGAGCCCCUGUCGGAGGCACAACGCCGAGAGAUCUUCCGCAGAAAUGUAAUAGCUGACAACGGAGGCGUGCCCUUCUUCAACUUCUGCGUCAACCCCAAAUCAUUUGGGCAGACAGUCGAGAACAUGUUUUACGUGAGCUUUUUGGUCAAGGAAGGAAAAGUUAACUUGGGUUUGGACAGCGAUGGGCUUCCGACGCUGGCUCUUGUAAAACAAAAACCCCUCGAAGAGAGGCAGGAAGUCAAGCGCAGCCAAGCCAUCUUCGCCCUCGACUUCGACAUUUGGAGAGAAAUCAUUGAGACCUUCGAGAUCAAGGAGAGUAUGAUCCCUCAUCGGAAGGAGCAGAACUACGACGACGGUACACUGGAAUCCGCGCCCGGGGAGAAUGAUGUUGAUCUCGGUGAGAUGGAACCCGAAGAGUCCGAUGCCUAG